AUGCACCGAGGCCGGUCCUUAUCUGUGACAUCCCUGGGUGGGUUUCCUCAAUGGGAUCUGGCCCGGCUGCCGGUGGAGGAGUUACUGCUUUUUGAAGUGUCCUGGGAAGUCACGAAUAAAGUGGGCGGAAUCUACACCGUGAUUCAGACCAAGGCCAAAACCACUGUGGACGAAUGGGGGGAAAAUUACUUCCUGAUCGGCCCCUAUUUUGAGCACAACAUGAAGACUCAGGUGGAGCCCUGCGAACCCCUCAAUGACACUGUGGCAGGCGCAAUGGAGGCCAUGAAUAAACACGGCUGCCAGGUGCACUUCGGGCGCUGGCUGGUCGCGGGGAGCCCCUACGUCGUCCUCUUCGACCUGGGCGCCUCGGCCGGCCGCCUGGACGGCUGGAAGGCCGACUUCUGGGAGGCCUGCGGCGUGGGGCUCCCGCCGGGCGACCGCGAGGCCCACGACGCGCUGCUGCUGGGCUCGCUGACCGCCUGGUUCCUGCAGGAGGUGACGGCGCGGGCCGGCGCGCGGCGCGUCGUGGCGCACUUCCACGAGUGGCAGGCGGGCGCGGGGCUGGUGCUGAGCCGGGCGCGCGGGCUCCCGCUGGGCUCCGUGUUCACCACGCACGCCACGCUGCUGGGCCGCCACCUGUGCGCCGCCAACGCCGACUUCUACAACCGCCUGCAGCAGUUUGACAUCGACAAAGAGGCUGGAGAGAGGCAGAUUUACCACCGGUACUGCAUGGAGCGAGCCUCCGUGCACUGUGCUCACGUGUUCACCACAGUGUCAGAGAUCACAGCUACGGAGGCUGAACACAUCCUCAAGAGAAAGCCUGAUGUAGUGACACCCAACGGCUUGAGCGUGAAGAAGUUUUCAGCCCUGCACGAGUUCCAAAACCUGCACGUCAUGUACAAGGCCAGAAUCCAAGACUUUGUCCGAGGUCAUUUCUAUGGCCAUCUGGACUUCGAUCUGGAGAAGACUCUAUUCCUCUUCAUCGCCGGGAGGUAUGAGUUCUCCAACAAAGGAGCCGACAUCUUGCUGGAGUCCUUAUCCAGGCUCAAUUUCCUUCUCAGGCUGCAUAAAAGCAAUGUCACCGUGGUGGUGUUCUUCAUCAUGCCUGCCAAGACUAAUAACUUCAACGUGGAAACGUUGAAAGGACAAGCCGUAAGGAAGCAGCUAUGGGACACUGCGCAUGCUAUGAAGGAAAAGUUUGGAAAGAAACUGUACGACGCACUGCUAAGAGGAGAAAUUCCUGACAUGAAUACUAUUUUGGAUCGAGAUGACGUGACCAUCAUGAAAAGAGCCAUCUUCUCAACUCAGCGGCAGGCGCUGCCCCCGGUGACCACGCACAACAUGCUGGACGACUCCACCGACCCGAUCCUCAGCACCAUCCGCAGAAUCGGCCUCUUCAACCACCGCUCCGACCGCGUGAAGGUGAUUGUGCACCCCGAGUUCCUGUCUUCCACCAGCCCCCUGUUACCCAUGGACUACGAAGAGUUUGUGCGAGGCUGUCACUUGGGAGUGUUCCCCUCAUACUACGAACCCUGGGGGUACACUCCAGCCGAGUGCACGGUGAUGGGCAUUCCCAGUGUGACCACCAAUCUCUCCGGCUUUGGCUGUUUCAUGCAGGAGCACGUGGCUGACCCUGCCGCCUACGGCAUUUACAUCGUGGACCGGCGCUUCUGCUCCCCGGAUGAGUCUUGCAAUCAACUCACGCAGUUUCUUUACGGGUUCUGCAAACAGUCCAGGCGGCAGAGAAUCAUCCAGAGAAAUCGCACGGAAAGGCUGUCGGACCUGCUUGACUGGAGAUAUUUAGGCAGAUAUUACCAGCAUGCCCGACACCUGGCGUUAAGCCGGGCAUUUCCCGAGCAGUUUCAUGUAGAGCCGCUCUCGCCACCAACGACGGAAGGAUUUAAAUUCCCCAGGCCGUCUUCGGUACCACCUUCUCCAUCCGUCUCCCAAGCCUCCAGUCCUGUCAGCAGCGAGGCAGAAGAUGAAAACGAGGAAGAAAGAUACGACGAGGAAGAGGAGGCAGAAAGGGAUCGAGUUAAUAUUAAGUCACCAUUCUCUCAGGGGAAGAAAAAGCUGCACGGGGAAUAUAAGAAUUGA